AUGAAUGAGUCGACAAUUUGUAAAUUUGGACAAAUUCUAUCCCAACGAGCGACGGAACCACGUUCAGAAUUGAGAAGAAUGCACGCCAGAGACGUGCAGAAAGCCAUGUCUUCCGAAGAAGAAAAAGACCAAAACACCAGCCAAGAAUCCUCCUAUCUCGAGCAUGGCAAACCAACGACUCCAAAUGGCACGAAACUCCCACUCUCUACAGCAGAACACCAAAAUGAAGCGAAACCUCACAACCACAACCACCGCACCGCCUUCCUCCCCUGGCUAACAACCCACUUCACCUUCUCCUGGUUCACCUGCACACAAUCCACCGGCGGAAUCUCCAUCCUCCUCUCCUCCUCCCCCAAAACUUUCCCCGGCCUAACCACAAUCGGCACAAUAAUUUUCCUCUUCAACAUCGCUCUCUUCAUCCUCUUUACAUUCCUCCUCAUACUCCGCUGGAAAUACAACCCCGGACUAAUUCGAAAAUCCUUCACCACCCCACCCGAAUGCUACUUUUUCGGCUCUUUCUGGCUUACUUUAGCUACGAUGAUUAUUAACAUGGAGAGAUACGGAACUCCACAUUGCGGUCUUUGGCUGGUGACGACUAUUAGGAUAUUAUUCUGGCUCUACGCGGGUAUAUCUUUGACGUCUGCGACGGUACACAUGGUCAUCAUAUCGAAAUACGUGGAUAUUAAAGUUUUAGAUUUUCCAAGUCCGGCGUUUAUUCUCAUUUUGAAUGCCAUGUUGACGGGGACAGCGGCGGGCGCGAUUGCGCAGAGUCAACCGGUUGAGCAGAGAGUGCCGAUUAUGGUUGCGGGAGUGGCGUAUCAGGGACUGGGGUGGAUUAUGUGUGUGAUUUUUUUGACGUUUGUGUUUGGGAAUUUGUUGGAGAGGGGGUGGCCGGUUGUGGAUUUGAGGGGUGGUCUGUUCAUCAUGGUUGGGACUGCGGGUUUCACGAUUGUUGCGCUGAUAGGAUGUGCUAGAGCUGCGCCGGCGGAUUAUGGUUAUUUUGCUACGCACCCGAUUGCUGGAGAGGUGCUCUUGAUUGUGGCUACCUGGACUGGCAUCUUUCUGUGGCUGUUCUGCGUCUUUGUUUUCGGCGUGGCAUUUCUCAUCAUUAUGGCGGGUCUGUUCGAAAAGCGAGAGGGAAAGUGGAGAAUUGAUAUGAGUUGGAAUAAUGCUUCGUGGGCUCUGAUUUUCCCGAAUGUAGGAUGGGUUCUCGGUACCGUCUAUCUCGGAGAAGAGCUGCAGAGUGAAGCAAUCGCCUGGGUCUCAGUCGCGAUGAUCAUCGCGCUGGUAGCUGUUUGGCUUCUCGACAUGUUCCUCAUGUCGAAAGCUGUCAUCAAGUCGAUAUUCAUAGACUCCAGAAUCAAGGUCUCGUGA